GUGCCUCCAGCACUUUUUCAGCUCCUUCCACAAAUGUUUCUGUUCAUUUAGAUUACAAUUUAUAGAGCAAGUAAAUAGUGAAAAGUAAUUAGGCACUGGAAAUUGUAUCCUGUUGAGAUUUAGGAGAUACUGUGCUGGACGCAGCACAGGAGCUACAGAAGAUCAACAAGACACAUCAGUGUUUUUUCUUUGUUCAUUUUUUUCCUCUAUAAACAUAAAACUGAUGUAAGUUUGCAGAACGCGCCAGUUUUAUUUCAUUUGUCUAAAGAACUUCCCAGAGGCUUUUGUGGCUUUUACAGGACACUAAACCCCCCAGUGGUUGUGGACACUUGGAGAUACUCUUCAAUAACAUGACUUAAGGGCUCCCCUCUGUACACCAAACAUCCCUACUCACUCUACUCCCCUUUCUUUCACUCCCCUCUUUCUCGUCAUUUUGCUGAUCGAGGCUAGAGGAAGUGUUUUUGUGCGCAGACUGCGGCUGACUGGAACUCUGUGCCGUCAGCUCCAGAAGCUGAAAUUUGAGGAGCUGUACAUUAUAUGUUCCAAAAGAGCAACAGUUUCUCUGAGGGGAAAUAAUGGGGGCCGUGGUGUAGGGGGAGUGCAGUGAUUAAGGAUUGGAAGAAGAGUGAGAGGAGGGGGUUUUAAGAGAAGCACUGCUCAGUAUUACAGCCAUGAAGGUGGUCCCUCUGGUGGUCUCCGUGCAAACUGAGGAAUGCUUUUAGAAGAUGUAGAAGUGAGAGAAAAUACUGUACUUUCCCAGCCAACAUGUCCCAUUGGCCCCCAUUUGGAGUAAAUGUGGGCUUCAUGGAUACAAGAUGGGCACUGCAAUUGGGGUCCAUGCAGGUUCCAUCUGGUCUCUGAGGGCAUGAGCUUGAAAUGGCGGGUGCAAUCAGGGUUUUUUAUGGACUAUGUGGACAUGGGUCAAAAUUGGUCACCCACACCUAGGUGCCAUGUCUCAGUAAGGGCUUAAUGGGCAUGUAUGGGUUACAGUCUGCUCACUGGGCAUGGGUCAGAACUGGUCAAUCCAGUUUGGGUCUGUUAUGGGCUCUAUAUGGGUGAGUAUGGGUUAAAACUACACCAUUAAAACUGCUAAAAGUGUUUUGGGGGGGGGGGCUACAUGGUACCCCUGAGUAGUAGUAGUGGUAGCAGGCUAGCAUUUGCAUCGUCCAUGUUCCAUGAUAGAUAACUGUAACAAUAAUAGGAAAGGCAAAGUUUUCAUAGUAUAAUAGCACAAUUCAUACACAAGGGAACUCAAUGCACAUAAGUAGUACCGUACUUUUCGGACUAUAAGUCGCGUUUUUUUUCAUAGUUUGGGGCGGGGGGGCGAUUUAUACUCAGGAGCAACUUAUAUACAUAUAUAUGUUUUUUUCCCCUUUUUUGGGCAUUUUAUGGCUGGUGCGACUUAUAGUCCGAAAAUUACAGUAGUUUUUUAUAUGUAUUAUUAAUUACAUUGCAGUAACUCUCCCCAGGCUGAUGCACAUUGUGAAUAUUUCCCAUGAAUUGCGUUUUAAAAUCCAGCUGUUUUCGAUUGUUGUGUGUGAUUGUGAAAGUUGGCCUGUUUUCAUGCUGUCCAAUCAUCUCCUCUGUUUUAUUUAAGGAUCAAAGACGAGGUACAAUACGGUGCACAGCUGUUGUUAGGAAUGGGGAUACUGACUGUAUGCUGUCAUGCCGAGACAAGCCAAACCACAACAGGGAGUGAGGGGAAGCUAGAGGGUAUUAACACUUUCAAACAUUUGAAGCAACCAGCGCUACCCUCCUCUCCUCCUCAUCACUCUGCCACUCCUGCAGCAUCGAUCUCUGUUUGAACGGGACAUUGGCCUGCAACUCAUCCAUUGAUUCUGCAUGACUGUCACAAAGAUGUCAUGGCGCUCGUCCUACCGAAGCUCCAAGUUUCGAAAUGUCUACGGAAAGGUAGGCAGUCGGGAGCACUGCUACGAUGGAAUCCCCAUCACCAAGAAUGUCCACGACAGCCACUUCUGUGCCGUCAACUCCAAGUUCCUGGCCGUGGUCACUGAGAGCUCUGGUGGGGGCUCAUUCAUCAUCAUUCCUGUUUCCCAGUCAGGCCGUCUAGACACUCACUACCCAAAGGUAUGCGGGCACCACGGCAAUGUACUGGACAUCAAAUGGAACCCCUUCUUUGAAAACAUCAUAGCUUCAUGCUCGGAGGACAGCUCGGUGCGAAUAUGGGAGAUCCCGGACGGCGGCCUGCGGCGUAACAUGACUGAGGCAGUGCUGGAGCUGUACGGUCAUAGCAGACGAGUAGGUUUGAUCGAGUGGCAUCCUACCAGCAGUGGCAUCCUAUUCAGCGCUGGCUAUGAUUAUAAGAUCCUGAUCUGGAACUUGGAGAUUGGAGAGCCAGUAAAAAUGAUUGACUGCCAUACAGACGUCAUCCUUAGCAUGUCCUUCAACACAGACGGCAGCCUGCUGGCCACCAGCUGUAAAGACAAGAAGCUGCGAGUCAUUGAGCCGCGCUCUGGCAGAGUUCUUCAGCAAGCCAGCUACAAGAACCACAGAGUAAACCGAGUGCUAUUCCUGGGCAACCUCAAACGCCUGCUCACCACAGGUGUCUCUCGAUGGAACACACGUCAGAUUGCUCUUUGGGAUCAGGAGGAUUUGUCCAUGCCAUUGAUGGAAGAGGACAUAGAUGGUCUCUCAGGAUUGCUGUUUCCUUUCUAUGACUCUGACACGCACAUGGUGUACCUGGCAGGCAAGGGAGACGGCAACAUCCGUUACUUUGAGAUCACUACAGAAAAACCAUUCAUUCAGUACCUAAUGGAGUUCCGGUCCCCGGCCCCACAGAAAGGAUUAGGGGUGAUGCCAAAGCAUGGUCUGGAUGUGGGAGCUUGCGAAGUGUUCCGCUUCUACAAACUAGUCACCCUGAAGGGCUUGAUAGAGCCGAUUUCAAUGAUUGUACCAAGAAGGUCAGACACAUACCAAGAAGAUAUUUACCCAAUGACGGCGGGAACGGAACCUGCACUCUCAGCUACAGAGUGGCUCAGUGGCAUCAACAGAGACCCCGUCUUAAUGUCCCUGAAGGAUGGUUACCACCGACCAAACAAGUUAGUGUUCAAGGCCCCAGUAAAGGAAAAGAAAAACGUGGUCGUGAAUGGCAUCGACUUGCUUGAAAACAUACCACCCAGGACAGAAAAUGAGCUCCUGCAGAUGUUCUUUCGGCAGCAGGAUGAGUUGCGAAGGCUGAGGGAGGAGUUGAGCACCAAGGAUGUGCGAAUACGCCAACUGGAGCUGGAACUCAACAAUAUGAAGAAUUUGAGCCCCAACAACAUUUGACCUCUGACAAAGCCGCCUGCUUUGCCUCUAGUUUGGACCUCCAAAAAGCUUUGGAGCGUUCCUCCAUAUUUGACCUUGUAACUCCUGCUGCCCUGCCUCACUGAACAAUAUUUUUUUAUUAUGGUACCUUAAUCUUGUAAUAAAGGCAAAUAUGUUACACAACAGAGUAGGGGUGAUUGAUUGCCACACUGAGGGAAAGAUCGCAAUCAGUAAAAUGUUAUUUUACUUAUGAAUUUAUUGGAUUGGUAAAGGUGAUGAAUUAGUGCCCAAUUUUCUUCCAUUCGUUAAGACUUUUCUCUUGCUUGCAGCCAGUAGGUUCCAAGUGCUAACAAGCCAUUUUGUAUUAUCGCAGCCAAAUUGGUGAACUAAAUGCAAUUGAUGCAUAUUUUUCAUCAAGGCCUUAAACAAUACUGCAGCUUGUCUGCAGGGAGCUACAACAUCAUCUCAAAAUGGCCGACAUGUACUUGUGUCUAUUACUUCUUCCCAACACUGACACGACUGUUCAAAUACGAGGCGAGUCAGUGGGUACCUUUGUUUUGUUAGGGAACUUUUGUUGAAACUUAUGUAUUUGGUUUCAGGGCUAAUUACUAUUUAUUUGUUGCUUUUCUUUUCUCUCAUAUUGUUUAUGACGGUGACAAGGCAAGUAAUGAUUGUGACAAUUGAUUUUGCUGAAUGUUUACAUGUAAAUGGUGCAGGAUUGUUGUGGAAGUGGCCCUUUAAUGGUUUUUGACAAUGACACCAUAACUGCAGACAAGGUAGAUAUGUAUAUAGGUAGGUAUUAUAUUCUCAAAACUAAUUCCUUUAGUUGUUAACUACAGUGUAUCACGGUUACUAUAAACCAUGUUGACUACAAGUAAAUGUCUAAUUUUGCUCUGCCUCUAAUAGUAAAAAGACAUCUAUGCUAACUUUAAACCACAUGUUGUAAAAAGCUUAUAUAGUGUUUUCCUCUUUUGACUGAAUAAUAGCCAUAAAACUACUAUUUGUUUUUUCUUGGCAAUUAUUAAACAUUUUCAAACCGAUCCUGUCAUUCAUGGUUAUAGAAAGAGGAAAAGUUACAUUGGUUACAGUAUAUGUGUAACACGAAUGAAAUGUGAACCUCCAAUGUGGUUUAGUAAAGGUUGAUUCUUCUUCCCAGUCUGUAACUUUGAGCACUUCUUGUGUCAAUGAUUGUUUUUGCAUUGCAGAAUCCUAUCGGUUUUCGAAACUCGCAUUAUUUUAGGCUGGAGUAUAAACUCAAACAUUCAUGUACAAUUAUCCAAAUUUAAACAUUUUUUUAGUGUUGAAUAAGUCUAACUAUUGCAUAAUCCAGUGAGAUCCAACACAAGAGCUAAAUAAUACACCGCAUUACAUUCUAAAUGAGUAGGUCUCAAUCAGUGUGUCACAAAACUGAUCAGUGUUAUCUUUUAUUAAACCUCAUUUAAUUGUACAA